CAAUUACACUAGUAGAACUGAAGAUGUCGAUUUCGCUAACCUAAUACUCAGGAACCCCACAACACUACCUGCUAUAUGACAGGUCAACAGUGCACUUAAAUCAACACUAAUAGCUGAUCGUGUGUACAUAUACAUUUUGACAAAAAAUGUAUUCUUUUCAUUCCUACAAUAUACUUGACUGAUAUGACGGUUUCAAGUAUGAUUGCGUCCUUGGAGGCAUUUGAAGCCCGGCGUCACCUUGACCAGAACACUAACAAGGAUGUACAGGCAAUGCUUGCCCACGGUGGUGUCGCGUUGGCCAUGGACUACAAUAUUAUUGUAUCAACAGAAGACGACAAGAUUUUUCUCACUGAGCAGCUCAUCACAACAUUCGUGAACAAAGUCCUCAAGUUCGAACUAGGUCAGGCUUUCGCCGUAUUCAUGGCGUCUUGUAGUAUGGAGUGGAUGGAAACUAUGGACCACCAACUUAUUUUUACGACGAUGCAUUUGGUGUAGAUGUGAAGAAGGUUCAACUUUUUGAUCCGAGAACAAAUCGCAUUCGUUCCCACGGCGAAUCUGUUGGCACAUACAAAGAUAAACAUAUUUGGAUUGAAGAUCGAUACGUCGAUGAAAGUGGCAACCUUCACUGGAUCACAAAGCUGGGUUCAAAGGGAUAGAAACUUCGCAUCACCGAAUUUUCAAUUUGAAGUGAUCGCCUUAUGGUGAUGCACUACGUCCAACACAGCACUUAUUCUAAAGUAAACUAUCCUCCAUUUAUAUUAAAGAUAAAUAUAUAACGACAA